CGCCAUCACUGCUGACGGCAGCGCCUGGAGCUGGGGCGAUGGAGUCUACGGCCGGCUGGGCCACGGCGACCAGCAGGACCAGCUGCUGCCCAAGCAGGUCGAGGCCUUCGCUGGGCAGCGCGUCGUCGCUGUGUCGGCUGGAGCCCGCCAUAGCCUCUCGCCACCACGGCCGAUGGCGCCGCUUGGAGCUGGGGCCUUGGAGGCGCUGGCCGGCUGGGCCACGGCGACCAGCAGCGCCAGCUGCUGCCCAAAAAGGUCGAGGCCUUUGCUGGGCGGCGCGUCGUCGCUGUUGCGGCUGGAGGCAUCCACAGCCUCGCCAUCACCGCCGACGGCGCUGUCUUGAGCUGGGGCGAUGGAGUCUCUGGCAGGUUGGGCCACGGCGACAUGCAGGGCCAGCCGCUGCCCAAGAAGGUCGAGACCUUUGCUGGCCGGCGCGUCGUCGCUGUGUCGGCGGGAGAUCGCCACAGCAUCGCCAUCACCGCCGACGGCGCCGUCUGGAGCUGGGGCUAUGGAGCCUCUGGCCAGCUGGGCCACGGCGACCAGCAGAACCAGCUGCUGCCCAAGCAGGUCGAAGCCUUCGCUGGGCAGCGCGUCGUCGCUGUGUCGGCUGCGGAAUACAAUAGCUUCGCCAUCGCCGCCGACGGCGGUGUUUAUGCUUGGGGUCUGGGCGAACGCGGCUGCCUUGGCCACGGAGAGGACCUGUCGCACCAGCUGCUGCCCAAGAAGAUCGAGCGAUUCGGGGAGAGGGGGCUGGGGCAGUGAGAGGGUUUGCUCGCGAUAUUCUUAUAGUGUGUUGAG